AUGACAGAAGAUCCACUGAGAUUACUGCGACUGACGACCGCAAAACUAGUCAACCAGGCGGUGAAUACGCCUGGAUGCACUGUAACAACUGAUUCCCAAGAUUUCAAGAGGCUGAAGACCCAAGUGCGGAAAAAUGAAAGUAUUAUACCGGGUUAUGUCGACUACUUGUUCUUCUCAUUAAAGCGUUCUGACUCGGAGCGGAGACUCGCUCUGCUUUCAUUGUUUGACUACUUUUUCAAUCGAUCUCACGUAUUUCGGCUGAAAACCGUGGAAAACUUACAAGUUUGUCCAGGUUUUUUUUUUAGAAUUGCCAUAUCUAUAUCUGCUCCCUGUAGAGAUUCUUUGAUUCUACUAAUCUUUUUCUCGGAACUACUUGUUUUGGUAUGCGAAACAAAUCCUUUACGAUUUCCUCUACCUGGCCCAAUCGUUGAGGCUAAACAGCUGAAGGCUAACGCAAUAAAGACAAUCAAAAAAUGGCUGGACAAAUUUGGCGCUGGUUAUGAGAAGUUGAAUUUUGUAGGGGACUACUUAAAGGAAUCUAAGGCAGUCGAUUUUGAAUCUGCCACAGCUGAAUUGCUCGCCGAAAGGACGAGAAAAGCGGCAGAGGAAGCAAAGGCUGCGGAGAAACUACAAAAGAUUGCUUCAAAUGUGCGCCGCAAAUUUGAUGAAUCUAAAGAUGAUAUUAGCCGAUGCUUAGCUUCGGCUGAGACUGCCCUCUCAAUAGUUGUUCCGAUUUUUGGAGUUGCUCCGGAGUUCAAUGGCGAAACGAGUUUUACAGAUAUCCCAAAGCCUAGCGGUACUGAGCAAGAUGAAAUGCAGCAGGCUGCCCAUGGAUACGCCAACGCGGACACCAUUUCUGUGGUUUUGACGUCAUUGGCUCCAGAAGUAACUAUUAAUGAGGACAACGAAGCUCUCCUGGAAAGCAUACGGGAUGCAAAAGUGAUGCUGGACAAGUAUCGGAGCAACAUAAUUAGUUGGCAGCGUCAGAUCAGUGGAGCCUUAGGAGCGGAAGAUCUUAUGCGAAACUUGACGAAUCUUAAACAAAAAAUUGAAAAACAAUGCGAGAAGAUUAGCGAAUUGAAGCUUAAACCGAAAAGAAAGAGUCGUAAAGGUGCCGAUUCAAGUGAAAGCGAGGAAAGCGAUCUUGAGGACGUGCCAGAAAAGCAGCUAGAAGAAUUCACUCCUCCGGACGAAGUGCCUCGAUAUAUCAUGGAACGGGUGCAACAGCUAGAAAAAGAGAAGGGCCCAUGUUGCAGUAAGUCACUGGAACCAAUAAAGAGCACUGAAAGCAGCACCGAUACCAGCCUACCCACGACUGAGGAGUCUAAAUCGAAGUCGCGAAUCCCGGUAGUUUCCUUCGGUCUUGACUUGAAAUACUGGGGAGAAAAUCACGUAGAAGCACCCAUACCCCGCAACAGUGCUGAUUGCCAUCGGUUUUGGAGGCCUCCUGAUGAUGACGAUAAGCCUUUAAUAAGCGAAAAAGAGGCUUCUUUCGGCGAAAUGAGGGUUAUCACCUGGGUUGGAGAACCGCGAAAGGCUGAUAAACGAUGCAAAGCGAGGCUACCAAGCGGAAAGCUUUGCCCUAGAAUGGACUUUCAUAAGUGCCCAAUACAUGGCAUAAUAGUGGACCGGGAUGAUGAGGGGUUUCCCACAAAGGAAAUAGAUAGCUCUACAGAAUCAACUGCCCAGAAAGAACGAGAUCAACUAGAGGAAGAAGAGUACAUGAGGGAUCUAGAAUCUGCCACUGGACAGUCUUUCGGAAGCAAGCCUAAAAAGAAGAAGAAGAAAUAUGAGGGAACUGUGCGGCAGAGACUAGAGAAAAAGUUGCUGGAUCCGCGUACAGUAAAGCGUGUUUCUGCUGCACUAGAUGCUGCUCGAAAGGCGAAGCUCCAACGAAAAUUUGGUGGACAAUUUGCACAGGCACUUUCAAAAUGA